UCCACUGAGAGCUCAAACACUCUGGUACUUAGCUCAAGACUUUAAGAGGGAUACCACAGCUCAUACACCGAAGAAUUUCACGGAUUGCUUUCUCUCUCCCGAGCAGGGAAAUAUUUUUGUAUCUUGUAUAUAGAAAAUGGGUGACUAUGAUGAAGACACUGCAUUCCUGGGACAGACUGGUCCUUUUUUCUGGACCACAUUCUUCCUUUUAAACACAGUUUUUGUCUCAACUGGUUUCAACGGACUUUACAUGGUGUUUAUCGGGGCAACUCCAAAUCAUCACUGCCUGAUUCCAGACGUUAACUUAACUGAGGAGUGGACACAUGCCAUCUUUCCAUUUACGUUAGUAAAUGGUGAGGAGGUGCAGAGCCAGUGCAGUAGAUACCGGCUGGAUGUGGUGAGAAACCUGUCAGCUGAAGGAGUUAUCCCUGGAAGGGAUGUGAAUCUCCCCGACUUGGCGCAGGAGGGAUGUAUAGAUGGAUGGAACUAUAGCAAAGAUAUUUACCAAUCCAACAUUGUCACAGAGUGGGACCUCGUCUGUGACAAUCAGUGGAAAGUUCCCUUUGCAUCCUCAAUGCUCUUUGUGGGAUACCUCUUUGGGUCCCUGAUCUCAGGCCAUCUUUCUGACAGGUUUGGGAGGAAGAAGGUAGUUUUCGUCUCUCUCGUGGCCCAGUGUGUCGCAGUCAUGGUUCAGUCUUUCUCUCAUUCAUGGGAGAUGUUCUGCAUCAUGUUCCUCUUUGUCGGAGCCUCCCAGAUUUCCCUCUAUAUUUCUGCGUUUGUGCUAGGAACUGAGGUUUUGAGUAAAACCAUGCGAAUACUCUUCACCACUCUCGGAGCCUUCCUUUUCUAUUGCAUUGGGUACAUGACACUACCCUGGAUUGCAUACGGCAUCAGAGAAUGGAGGACUCUGCUUGCAGUUCUGUCCUCAACUGCUGUUGUCUACAUCCCAUUGUGGUGGUUCAUCCCAGAGUCUCCUCGGUGGCUGAUCACCCAGGGAAGAGUGGAGGAGGCGGAGGCCAUAGUGAGAGAUGCUGCACGGAAAAAUAAGAUUGUAGCCCCGGCUGUAAUCUUUAAAGUAUCUGAGGCUUCGAUACAAUUUAAGAAUUACACCAUGCUUGACAUCCUAAAAUCCAAGAACAUCAGAUGCAUAACUUUGAUGUGUCUCCUUCUGUGGAUGGCAAUAAACAUUGGGUAUUUUGGAUUGUCCCUGAACACCUCCAACCUGAGCGGGGACCCCUUCAUGAACUGUUUUUUGUCAGCUACGACUGAAGUCCCUGCGUACGUCGUUUCAACUGUGCUUCUAAAAAAAUGUCCGAGAAGAGCACUUCUGUCCUCUUUCCUCAUCAUCGGAGGAGGAGUUCUUCUUCUAAUCCAGUUCAUCCCUGAGUACCUUCACUAUGUUGCUCUGGCACUGGAAAUGACUGGAAAGUUUGGCUUCACCAUGGCCUUCAGCAUCGUCUACAUUUACACCGCUGAGAUUUACCCCACUGUACUCAGGAACGUCGGCAUGGGAAUGUGCUCCUCUGCUGCACGCAUCGGCAGCAUCACAGCUCCUUAUGUCAUAUAUUUAGGUUCUUAUAAUAAGGCUCUGCCUUAUAUCCUCAUGGGAAGUCUCACAAUUGCCUCAUCUGUUGUGAACCUUUUCCUUCCGGAGACCCUCAAUAGAGAUCUUCCAGAAACAGUGGAGCAGAUGCAAGAAUGUCAAGGGUUGUGUAAUGGGCUGAAAAAGAGGAAAUAUUUGGAAGAUGAAGGAAGGAAGAACCUGUCCAUACAACGUGAGGUCAGACAGGAUAUGCAGACUCUGUAAAUGUUCUCAAUUACCUAGUUUCCCUCAAAGAAAGAAAGACAGAAAUACAUUUAUCUUGCUUGACAGUAAUAAUCGGAAAUCUGUCAGAUCCAAAAGUCCACUGGCAAGAGUGCAAAAAACAAUUUAUUUUUGUACUUAGUUGAUGCUUUCUA